AUAUCAGAAGGUCGUAAUAGAAGAUUCUAGACGCUUGAGAGUUAGCCAGCAGACAGCAAAUCUGGACCGUCCAAAUUCUUCGCCUCAAAAUAAAGCCACAAAUCUCACCUUCAACGAACCCUCUCGGCUCUCUCUCUCCCUCGCUCUCGAUCGUCGUGGCUCGCUAGGCCGCUAAUUUUACUCCGUCCGCCAGCUCCCAAGUCAACACUCGACCGUCAAUCCCUCUAGGGUUUCCGUCCGAGUAGAUCGAAGAACAAGAUGUUUGGGAGGGCGCCGAAAAGGAGCGAUAACACAAAGUACUAUGAGGUAUUGGGGGUUUCCAAGAACGCCUCCCAAGAUGAUCUCAAGAAGGCUUAUCGUAAAGCUGCCAUCAAGAAUCACCCUGAUAAGGGAGGAGAUCCAGAAAAGUUUAAAGAGCUAGCUCAAGCCUACGAGGUACUUAGUGACCCAGAGAAGCGUGAGAUCUAUGAUCAGUAUGGUGAGGACGCAUUGAAGGAAGGAAUGGGUGGUGGAGGUGGUGUCCAUGAUCCAUUUGACAUCUUCCAGUCAUUCUUUGGUGGUAGCCCUUUUGGUGGAGGUGGAAGCAGCAGAGGCAGAAGGCAAAGAAGGGGAGAGGAUGUCAUUCAUCCUCUUAAAGUUUCUUUGGAGGACCUGUACAAUGGAACCUCUAAGAAGUUGUCCCUCUCACGAAACGUGUUGUGCCCAAAGUGCAAGGGCAAAGGUUCUAAAUCAGGUGCUUCAAUGAAAUGUUCGGGCUGUCAGGGGUCUGGGAUGAAAGUUUCUAUUAGACAGCUUGGUCCGUCGAUGAUACAGCAGAUGCAGCAUCCUUGUAAUGAGUGUAAAGGUACUGGUGAAACUAUUAACGACAAGGAUCGCUGCCCACAGUGCAAGGGUGAGAAGGUUGUGCAGGAAAAGAAGGUUUUGGAAGUUAUCGUAGAGAAGGGUAUGCAAAAUGGGCAAAAAAUUACAUUCCCUGGUGAAGCUGAUGAAGCACCGGACACAGUUACUGGGGAUAUUGUCUUUGUCCUGCAACAGAAAGAGCAUCCAAAAUUCAAGCGCAAGCAUGAUGACCUGUUCUAUGUGCACACUCUCUCCCUGACUGAGGCUCUUUGCGGCUUCCAAUUUAUUUUGACUCACCUGGAUGGCAGGCAACUUCUUAUUAAAUCCCAGCCCGGAGAAGUGGUCAAGCCUGAUCAAUUCAAGGCAAUAAAUGAUGAGGGGAUGGUGGUGUACCAGAGGCCAUUUAUGAGAGGUAAAUUGUAUAUUCAGUUUAAUGUGGAAUUCCCGGACUAUCUGGACCCUGAGCAGUGCAAGUCUCUGGAGGCUGUGUUGCCACCAAAGACCACAAAACAAAUUACUGACAUGGAGUUGGAUGAGUGUGAGGAGACCACACUACAUGACGUGAACAUUGAGGAUGAGAUGCGUAGGAAACAACAAGCGCAAGAAGCAUACGAGGAAGAUGAAGAUAUGCAUGGUGGUGCUCAGAGAGUGCAGUGUGCCCAGCAGUGAGUUGGGAGGAAAGUGGUAGAAAAAGGAGCCAAAUCCAGGAGAUGAGCGAGGAAUCAGUAUUUUAUUAAAGCUUUAAUAGGUUUGUUGAGGCAAUGACAUUUUGUACAAUGUUUGUCCUCAAUUUAAUUAGAAUUAGAUUUGCUAGUUAACUAUUUGUAACUUUUGCAUUUCUUUGCAAACUGAUACUGUAUCCAAUGUUCACAGUGGACCAUUGUGAUUCAAAACGCGAGUUUGAUAUGCGGUUUACAUGCUUUUGUUUUAUUCUA